GGGGAUGACACGCCUAUCAGUAGAUCAAACCGAGCCUGAACACACGGACACCGACGAGCAGAGCGCUCUCAAUUAUAUUAAAAACAGGCUCACGAUAUCUGAAAGCAAUAAGCGAUGGCUUAUCCGGGAUAUGGCGCUCCCCCGCAAGCGGGAUAUGCGAUGGGGCAGCAGCAGCAGGAUCCUCUCUACGGAUUCUUUUCAUCUGUUGCCGGACAGGAUGGCCAGAUCUCUGCAGAGGAGCUUCAGAGGUGUCUCACACAGUGUGGAAUGGCUGGCUCCUACAAGCCUUUUAACCUGGAGACCUGCAGACUCAUGAUCAACAUGCUGGACCGGGACAUGUCGGGCUCCAUGGGUUUUACUGAGUUCAAGGAGCUAGCGGGGGCCCUGAACGGCUGGAAGCAGAACUUUGUGACCAUGGAUCGGGACCGCAGCGGGACCAUCGAGGCCCAAGAGAUGCAGCAGGCCCUAGGCAGCAUGGGUUAUAACUUCAGCCCCCAGAGUUUGGGGGUCGUACUUCGACGCCACAGCACCCACGGGCGGAUAGCCUUCGAUGACUACGUGGCCUGUUGUGUUCGGCUACGCAGCCUCACUGAUCACUUCCGGAGGAGAGACAGUUCACAACAAGGCACGGCCGCCUUUCAGUAUGAUGAUUUCAUACAGGUUACCAUGAGUUCAUGAGGAAGAGGAGAGAGCGAUGGUCUGCCUCACGCACACUCCAUUCAUAACAUGUCUUGAUUUUUUAUUUUGUUCUUACAGCAGCCAUAUCUUUCACUUGAAACCACAUUCCAGUUUAAUGUUAAAACGAUAACAUGGUAAGUAAGGGGUGCUGACCAAUGUCCAGAUGGACUACACUAUAACCACUGUCAUUGUUUGUGUUAGUUUGUGUUAGUUUGUGUCUUUUAAUGGAAUGGAAGUGUUCGAUUUUAAAUAAAUUAGGGCCAACCACUUUUCGGUUCAAUAUAUUGUAUCAAACUUUACAUAAAUCUCUCCAUUUAAUACACAAUUCAUAAAAUGCAAAAACUGUUAUUUUCUACAUGUUAUGAAUUAAUAAACAACCAAAUAUACUCAAAAA